CUCAAUGGCCGGUCGUUCGGUUCAAAGUUCCCAUAUUAUGAGAAUGAAACUCUCCUGGAGAACUUUUUAAUUAAGCCGACAACAAAAUGUCAAGAAGAGGGGGAGGCAAAUUUAAACCAAGAGCUGGAUUUCAGAAGCCAGACCAGCCGACAUCGGGCGUGCCUUCCGCUAUGAUAAAACAGGCAAGAAGAAGUGGACAGUUGAAUAUUUCGAAUCGUAACCUGACAGAAGUUCCCAGUCAGGUGUGGAGGAUUAAUAUUGAUGUACCGGAAGAAGCUAGGUCGGUUUCCCUGGAUGAUGCUGAGGAUAGAUGGUGGGAUCAAGUCGAACUCGUCAAAUUAAUACUAGCAUCUAAUAAAUUGCAAGAAAUAUCCAAUGAUAUUAACCAGUUAUCAGCAUUGACUGUACUUGAUAUCCACGAUAAUGAGCUCUCUUCAUUGCCUGAGACAAUUGGUGAAUUAUCAAAUCUGCAGCGACUUAAUCUCAGCCACAAUAAACUUGUAUCAUUACCCAGUGAAUUGUUCUCACUUGUCAACUUAGUAUUGUUACAUGUGCAGCAUAAUGAACUGUGUGAAUUGGGGGAUGAACUAGGAUCAUUGAUUAACUUAGAAGACCUGGAAUUACAUGUUGGUAACAAUCAACUUAGUGAGUUGUCCAAGGAACAUUUACAGUACCUCAGUAAUAUCUCUGUAUUGGAUGUACGUGAUAACCGCAUAAAGACUAUUCCUGAUGAAGUAGUCUCCCUACAAGCAUUGCAAAGACUAGAUCUUACAAACAAUGAAUUAUCAAGAGGAGACUGUUUUGCGGGAUCAACAGAACUACAACAUGCAAAGAAGUCAAAUUUCUUGAGACAGAGACGAUCGAUCUACAUCUUGUCAGGGUACGCGUGUAGAAAAUGUGGACUGAGAGCGUUGACUCUGCAUAAAAACAUGGAUGAGUUCAGGAAGAAACUUCAACAAACUAUUAAAAAGCGAGAGUUAUUGGAAAAGUUGCAGGCUUUUUCCUCCAAGAAAAUGAGAGGUACACAAGCUAUACUGAAAUAUUUAAGAAGUAGAAUUGAGGAAGAUAGUACAGAGACUGAUGCUGUUGGGGCUGCUUCAAACCCAUCCAGUGCAAUGGGAGUUGUUUCAAAUGUAGAGGGAAAGACGCUAGAUUACAGUAACAAGAAAGCUACUAGUGUACCAUCCACUAUUUGGCAACCUGCUGUAGAUGCUGCAGUCACUACUAUCAACUUGAGUAAAAAUCUCUUGUCUGAUUUCCCUUUGAAUGUUGUUGUAUUGAGUAAUACAUGUAAAGAAUUGAAUCUUGGAUUAAAUAAACUCUCAACUAUCCCCCCUGAUUUGAAAAUGAUGGUUAAUCUCACUACAUUGGAUCUCAGGAAUAACUUGAUAGAUCAUCUUCCCCAUGAUAUAACUACAUUGGUAAAUCUUAGAGAUGCGAUACUUUCAUGUAACCGUUUCAAAGAGAUACCGCCGGUGUUGUUCUGUCUGUCUAAACUAGAGACUAUAAUCAUCGCUGAUAACCAAGUAGCUUUCAUUGAUGUUCAAGGGUUACUACGGUUACCAAUGUUAUCAACUUUAGAUUUACAGAACAAUAAUGUAUCCCAAGUUCCACCUGAAUUGGGUACUGUUGAAUCACUGAGAUCACUUCAGCUUGCAGGUAAUCCAUUCCGAAACCCCAGGGCAGCUAUCUUAGCUAAAGGCACUCCAGCAUUACUAGAGUAUUUACGUGAUAAAAUACCAAGAUGAUUGGCAAAUAAAUUAUCAAGUAUCCUGACACAAACACUUUACCUACUCUUUCAGUCAAUGUUCACUCUUAUUUUUGCACAAUUUAAGUAGCCC